GAUCGUGAUUGGUCAUUAGUCGAUAGCCCGGAGGAAGAGUCGUGUAUGCUUUUCUAUUCAAAUCGUGUUUUGAAUGCUCUUUAUUGCUUUUAUUGUAGGUGUUAGAGGUGUUCGUGCUGUAUUAGUUGGGGCAGUCGGGGAGCAUAGCGAUUCGUGUUCUGGUUGUGGUGAAGUUUUAAGUCACGCUUCUGCUGAGAAUUUUAAAGCGUCGUUGGAAGCAAAUCAUCGUGCAAGUGAUAAAGGUUAG